AGCAAGCUCGCCACCUGAAGUCGUAUAACUACAACCGUGUGGAUAGUUACUGAAAAAAGGAUCACAUCCCUGUCAUAGCCGGAUACAUUUUUUUCAGUGUAAAGAUGAGUGAUAUCUCUGACGAUGAUAAUGAGAUCUCUUUCGCAGUUAAAUUUCUGGGGCGUGUUGCGGUAGUCCGUUCUGAGGGCAUGCAGAUCCUGAAUGAGGCUGUUCAGAGCCUGAAGAUGCCUGACAAAGAGUCAACAGAAAAGCUGCAGAAGAAGAACAAGGUGUCGUUGUUUUUGUCCAUGAGCGGGAUUGACAUUUUGGAGCACAAAACCAAGUUCAUGCUGUACACAUGCCCCCUCUCCUCCGUGUCCUUCUGUGCAGUCAUCCCGACCACACCCAAAGUCUUUGGCUUUGUGGCCAAACACCCAGCUGCAGACAUGUACCACUGUUAUCUGUUCCAGAGCAAGAAAUUUUCUCAUCUGCUGGUGUCCAUUAUCGGAGAUGCAUUUCGGGCCACAAAGAGAGAGGCAAGCCUCAGAGGAGGCGGACGGGAUCUGAUUGUGGAGGCACUGAGGCACAAGAAUAAAGUCCUGCAGAGGGAGAAUGCCGAGCUGAGGAUGAGACUCAGUGCAUCCGGAGAUUAACGUUUCACUGCAGUGAUGACACAGCACCUCUACUGAGAACACAGGAACUGAACAUGACAGAUGUUUGAAGAGGAAUGGCCAUGUCAAAUGUACUGUAAUGCAUGUUGAUGAUACAUGACUCUAACUAAACUAUAAUGUCUGAAUAAAACAAUGAACAAUA